UUUCAUAGCAACCAUGUACACGACGGCCGAGUCUCGGACGUGGAAGUUCAUGAAGGUCGUGGCGGUGAAAGAGCAUGUGACGUCGCUCAACUUCAUUGCGUUCAUCUUGGCCUCGGGGCUUGCGAUUUGCAUGUUUGUGUUCCUCAGUUCCACGCAAGGGUUUGUCCUGAAUCAAAUCUUGCACAUCAACUUGGACGUGAUUGGCAACAUCUCUGGGAACCUCACACUCUUUGACGAGUGCAUCUCUCUCGUGAUGGUGUCGGUGUGGGGUGUCCUCAGCGAUCGAUGGGGGCGCCGCGGUAUCUACAGCUCGGGCUUUGUCAUUAUGGGCAUUGGGCUAGUCCUGUAUCCGUUUGCGUCGUCGCUGUCCCCAGACUUGAUCUUGUUCCGCGGAAUCUUUGCCUUUGGGGGCGCGGCCACAUCGUCCAUGCUCACGGCGGUGCUGGCCGACUACUCGUCCGAAAAGGAUCGCGGCAAAGUGAGCGGCCUCGUCGGGCUCAUGUCGGGCAUCGGCGCCCUCGUCGCCGUGUUUGUGUUCCUGCGCAUGCCCGCCAAGUACGCGGAUCAAGUCCAGGGACUGCGAGUGACCUAUAGCGUCGUCGCGGCCAUUUGCGCGUUAUUUGGUGUGUUUUUGUUUUUUGCCUUGCGCCCCAAACAGUUAACGAAUCCCAUGUCCACCACGCUCAUGUACGCCACCGACGACGACACUACCGCCUCGUCAUCCCCAUCCACUGGUUCCCAAGCCACAUCAAAGCAAGUGUCGUUCCUUGCGGGCCUUCGCGCCGGGUACGCGGCCGCGAAAGAUGGCAAAGUCCUACUUGGGUACUUUGGUGGAUUUCUCGCGCGAGGCAACACGAUCAUCAUUACCAUCUUCCUGCCGUUAUGGGUAUACAAGUACUACGUGGACAACAACAUGUGCGCGUCUGCGAAUGCCGCCGACUCGGAGACGAUCAAGACCGACUGCCGGGAUGCUUACAUCCGCGCGUCCAUCUUGAGCGGCGUCGCGCAGACCGCCGCCAUGGUGGCUGCCCCGUUCUUUGGAUGGCUCGGGGACAAGCUGUACCGGCCGCUGGUGGUGCUCUUAGCUACCGUCCUCGGCUUGGUCUCGUACUUGUGGCUGUUCAUGUGCCCGAAUCCGUUGGCGAACGUUCUGUUUGCAGUCGUGGUGCUGGUCGGGGUUGGCGAAAUGGCGAUCAUCGUGUCGUCGCUGUCGGUCGUGACGUCGAAAGCGAUCCCGAGCCACCUCCGCGGCGCCAUUUCCGGCGCGUAUUCGUUCUCGGGCACUGUGGGCAUCAUGGUCGCUUCGAAACUCGGCGGGUACCUCUUUGAUGGGUGGCAGCCCACCGCGCCCUUCUUCAUCAUGGCCGCGGGCAACUUGAUCGCGGUCGUAAUCGCCAUUGUCGUUAUUGCCCACGACAUCCACGUCGUCAAAACCAAAUCGCCUUCAUCGUCACAAAAUGGUCUGGCGGGGCUGCACCAAGCACUUAUGCAACUGCAGCAUACCCUCGGCGAACUGCCAUUGUAAUCAUGGGGGGAUGUGUAUUAUAUAUAUUGUCGAUUUGAUAGUACAAAUUUCAAUCGAAUCGCGCCGACCAAACC